GGGGCGCCUAGCGAAGAUGGUGGUGCGCGCGGCGUGUGGCUCCCGUCGCCUGCCUGAGCCUCAGCUCCGCGCAACGGCCGGCGUCUCGCUGGUCUGGAGCCCCAGUCCGCCGGGUCCCUGACCCCGCGCCCCUCGCGCCCGAUUCCCGGGAUGCCCCGCGCCCGUAAGGGCAGCGCGCCCCGCAAGGGCGGCCAGCGCCGCAGAGGCGGUGCUCAGAGCAGCGCCCAGGCUGAUUCGGGUUCCAGUGAGGACGAGGCGGCCAGUGAGGCCCGCAGCACCACCAGCGACUGCCCCAGCCUUCUCAGCACCGCGGCGGAGGACAGCCUGGGGGGGGAUGCCGUGGACGAGCAGAGCCAGCAGGAGGACCUCGAGGAGAAGCUGAAGGAGUAUGUGGACUGCCUCACAGAUAAGAGUGCCAAGACCCGGCAAGGUGCUCUUGAGAACUUGCGCCUGGCCCUGGCGUCCCGCCUGCUCCCCGACCUCCUGCUGGCGCGCAGCCUCACACUGGCCGAUGCCUUGGAAAAGUGCCUCAAGAAAGGGAAGGGCGAGGAGCAGGCGCUGGCCGCCGCCCUGCUGGGCCUGCUCUGCGUGCAGCUGGGUCCCGGGCCCAAGAGCGAGGAGCUGUUCCACGGCCUGCAGCCCCUGCUGGUGUCGGUGCUCACUGAUGCCGCGGCCAGCCCUUCCGCCCGGCUCCACUGUGCUUCUGCUCUGGGCUUGGGCUGCUACGUGGCUGCGGCUGACGUCCAGGACCUGCUCUCUUGCCUCGCCUGCUUGGAAGGGGUUUUUAGCGGGUCUUGCGAUGCGGGCGGCUCCACAGCCCCUGCCAGCCUGCAUGGCCUGUUCCGUGCCACCCUGCAAGCCUGGGCAUUGCUACUCACCAUCUGCCCCAGCAGCCACAUCAGCCACAUCCUUGACAGGCAGCUGCCCCGGCUGCUCCAGCUCUUGUCCAGUGACACUGUGAACCUGCGGAUUGCCGCCGGCGAGACCAUCGCACUACUUUUUGAGCUCGCCCGGGACCUCGAGGAGGACCUGACCUACGGGGACAUGGACGCCCUCUGCGGCGCUCUGCGCACUCUGGCCACCGACAGCAACAAGUACCGCGCCAAGGCCGACCGCCGGCGCCAGCGCGCCACUUUCCGCGCCGUGCUGCACUUCGUCGAGGGCGGCGAGUGUGAGGAAGAGACCAUCCGCUUCGGCCUGGAGGUGCUCUACGUGGACAGCUGGGCCCGGCGCCGAGUCUACGCCGCCUUCAAGGAUGUGCUGGGGUCGGGCAUGCACCACCACCUGCAGAACAACGAGCUGCUCCGCGACCUCUUUGGCCUGGGCCCCGUGCUGGUGCUGGACGCCGCCGCGCUGAAGGCCUGCAAGGUCUCCCGGUUUGAGAAGCACCUGUACAACGCAGCCGCCUGCAAAGCGCGGACCAAGGCGCGCAGCCGCGUGCGGGAUAAGCGGGCAGACGUCCUGUGAGGAGACGCCACACCCUGCCCAGGUUUCUCACAGAAGACAGUGCAACAGCCAGAAAGUGUCGCUUUAUUUUUUUAAUGGCUAAACCAAAAACAGACGCGGGCUGGGUGGCUGGAGCCAGGUCACUUGGGACCCUGGCUCUCUGCCCCUGCACCCAGCCUGUGGCCCCUGCCUGCCCUGUCUAGGUCAGGCCCGAUGCGCCCGUCCCGAGCUGUGCUCAGGCCUGGCUCCCCUGGGGUGAACCACUUCCCUGAGGAGGGUGGGGGUGGCAUCUGGACAAAUGUCACCACAACAGGUGGGGAGGGGAGGCCCCUGGCAUGGCUUUAUGUGCGGGUUUUUAAAGACUAUUAGAGGUAAUUAAACUGAGUGUGCAGCCUGCUGUG